AUGACUUUGAAUGUACCGGGUCUGGUGGUGAUGGCAGCCUUCUACCUGCUGAUCCUGGGAACAGGCAUUUGGGCUUCUAUGCGUUCCAAGAAGGAGGAGAAAAAGUGGAAAGGAGAUGGACUAGAGAUUACACUACUUGCUGGACGGAAAAUCAACUUGCUUGUGGGUGUCUUCACUCUUACAGCCACAUGGGUAGGAGGAGGGUUUAUCCUGGGUAUAGCUGAAGCAACAUACAACCCGACAUUAGGAGCAGUGUGGGCUCUUAUGCCGGUGCCUUACGUUGUUACAUUCUUCUUAGGUGGCUUUUUCUUUGCAAAACCUAUGAGAGAGAACAAGUAUGUGACAAUGAUGGACCCAUUCCAGAAGAAGUAUGGGAACUUUGUGAGCAAUGCUCUAAUUCUUCCUGCUCUUGUUGCUGAUGUGCUGUGGGUGGCACGCACACUUGUCAGCCUGGGUGGAACAAUGAAAGUGAUCCUGGACCUUUCUUACGCCUAUUCCAUUAUCAUCUCUGCCGUGGUUGCAAUUGUCUACACACUCUUAGGAGGGCUUUACUCUGUGGCUUACACAGAUGUGAUCCAGCUCAUCCUCAUCUUUAUCAGCCUGUGGGUGUGUAUUCCUUUCCUGUGUACCAACCCUCACUCUUUGGACAUCUCGCAAACUGCAUACACCAGUGUUUACCAGGCCCCCUGGGUCGGCACAGUGAAAUUGGAUGAAGCUGGCAAGUGGUUUGAUGACUUCAUGCUGCUGGCUCUUGGUGGUUUGGCCUACCAAGCUUUCUACCAGAGGAUCCUGUCAGCCUCAUCUUACACCCAGGCUCAAGUGACAUGCUUUGCAUCAGCAGCCUUCUGCCUGGUGCUGGGUAUCCCCUCUGUGUUGGUGGGAGCUGUGGCAGCAUCUACUGAUUGGAACUCGACAGCCUAUGGACUGCCAACUCCGUAUGACAAAGGCGAAGUAGGUUCAAUCCUCCCUAUUGCACUGCAAUUCCUCACGCCCACCUACGUGUCCAUCAUCGGUAUCGGCGCUGUUGCUGCUGCUGUCAUGUCUUCGAUGGACUCAGCCCUGUUGUCCUCUGCAUCGCUGUUCUCCUCCAACAUCUACAAGAACAUCAUCAGGAAGCAGGCAUCAGACCGUGAGAUGCAGUGGGUGAUUCGUAUCUCGGUGGUGGUUGUCGGUCUCGCUGGCACAGGUCUCACCUUCUUGGAUAGCAGUGUGCUGGUCUUCUGGCUUGUGGGUGUGGACAUGUCAUACACCAUCAUGUUCCCUCAGCUGGUCUGCGUCCUCUUCUUCAAGAUCUCUAAUGGCUACGGCGCUACUGUAGGCUUCUUAAUGGGAAUUACCAUGAGGGUCAUGAGCGGCGAGCCCCUCGUCGGCCUCCCACCCGUCAUCCACUUCCCUGGUCUCCGGAAGAAUGCAGAGGGAAAGUUGACCCAAUUCUUCCCCUUCCGCACUGUGAUCAUGGUCUCCUCGCUGAUCAGUAUCCUGCUCGUCUCAUGGGUUACAGCCACGCUUUUCAACAGUGGUCUUUUGCCCGACAAGCUGGAUGUGUACAAGGUCAAAAACAAGGAAAACAGUCUUGCAGAAGAGAGGAACACUGAAGAUAACGAAGAGGGCACAGUAUCCAAGCAGCUACUGGAGACCACCAGCUGCUGA